GUGCGCAUUGGGCUAGCCGCCCGCUGCUGGGACUAUGGCGUGUGUUGUUGCGGCGCAUGCGCUUUGUGUAGGCUGUCCGCUGUGAUGAUAAUGGCGCCUGCGGCGGCGGCGGCCGCUGUUGUAUGUCUGUGACUCCCGCCGGGCCGCAGCCUCGCCUCCGCCGGGCUUCGUUGCCCGGUUGAGCCCCCAUGAGGAGGCGGCAGUCGAGCGGCCAUGGGCUUGCUGAGCAGCCGGGCGUGGCGGGGGCAGCCCGCGGUGGGUCCGGCCCCGCGCGGAGAGGGUCAGGCGGCGGCUGUGGCGGCGGGGCUGAGGGGAGGCGGCGGCAAGAGGAAGCGGAGCGGCCUCGGCGAAUGCCCGGGCGACAGCGAGAGCGACGACGAGAGCGAGCGGGAGGAGCGGCUGCUCAACACCCCGAGAAGGAAAAAACUAAAAAGCACUUCCAAGUAUAUUUAUCAGACUCUAUUUCUGAAUGGUGAAAACAGUGAUAUUAAAAUUUGUGCUCUGGGAGAAGAAUGGAACUUGCACAAGAUAUAUUUAUGCCAGUCUGGCUACUUCUCAAGUAUGUUCAGUGGUUCUUGGAAAGAAUCGGGAAUGGAUACAAUAGAAUUGGAAAUUCCUGAUCAGAAUAUUGAUAUAGAAGCUUUACAGGUAGCGUUUGGUUCACUUUAUCGAGAUGAAGUAUUAAUAAAUCCCAGCAGAGUCAUUGCUCUCCUAGCAGCAGCCAGCAUGCUACAGUUGGAUGGCUUAAUACAGCAAUGUGGUGAGACAAUGAAGGAAACAAUUAAUGCGAAAACUGUGUGCAGUUAUUAUAAUUCUGCAGGAACGUAUGGAUUAGAUUCUCUGAAGAAAAAGUGCCUUGAAUGGCUCUUAAACAACCUGAUGACACAUCAGAGUGUGGAACUCUUCAAAGAACUCAGCAUAAACCUCAUGAAACAAUUGAUCAGUUCCUCUAACCUGUUUGUCAUGCAAGUGGAGAUGGAUGUAUAUACUGCUCUCAAGAAGUGGAUGUUCCUUCAGCUGGUGCCUUCCUGGAAUGGAUCUCUAAAGCAUCUUUUAAGUGAAGCGGAUGUCUGGUUUGCAAAGCGUAAAAAAGAUUUUGAGGAUGGCAUUUCAUUCUUGGAAUCGGAACCAGGAAGUGCAUUUUUUAUAGUGUUCAGACAUCUGAGGCUGCAGUAUAUAGUUAGUGAUCUGGCAUCAGCAAGAAUUGUUGAGAGAGAUAAUCUGAUACCUGCAGAAUGGCUGUCCUCUGUUUACAAACAGCAGUGGUUUGCCAUGCUCAGAGCAGAACAAGACAAUGAUAUUGGGCCUCAAGAAGUUAAUAAGGAGGAACUUGAAGGAAACAGUAUGCGAUGUGGCAGAAAGCUUGCAAAGGAUGGCGAUUAUUGUUGGCGGUGGACAGGCUUCAACUUUGGCUUUGAUCUGCUGGUCACUUACACCAACCGUUACAUCAUCUUCAAGCGUAACACUCUGAAUCAGCCAUGUAGUGGUUCAGUCAGUUUGCAGCCCCGGAGGAAUGUUGCUUUCAGGUUGCGUCUGGCUUCUUUUGAUAGCAGCGGGAAGCUUAUUUGUAGUAGAACUGCAGGAUAUCAGAUAUUAAUUCUUGAAAAAGAUCAGGAACAGGUAGUGAUGAAUUUGGACAGCCGACUGCUGGUCUUCCCUUUGUAUAUUUGUUGCAACUUCUUGUAUACUUCCCCAGAAAAGAGACCAGAGACUGAUGGACAGCCAGACAACCUAGAAAGCUGAGAACUGACUUUGAAACUUGUUCUCAUGACUCCUUUCAUUCAAGUGCUCUUGACAUGCACAGAGAAAAGUAAUAAAAGACCUUACACACUGUAGCAGAUAAAAUGCAGCUUCCACCCCUUAUCUGUACAUUCCUAUGCAUCUCUGAAAAGUUUCAAACUAACUAUGGGAAAUGUGUUUUUUUGUGGAUCUUCAAAGAGCCAAAGGGAUGCUACACCUGAGAAUCAUGACCAGUUUCUUGCCAGUUACAGACAAGGUGGAAAUGCAGCUAACCAAACUGGACCUGUUACUUAAAUGUGAAUAACACAUCUGUAAAAUCCAUGAUAACUGUUACCCCAAAUGUAAAAUGUUAUUUCUACUUGAUGGCCUCUAGGCUUUGUACUUCUGGCUGAACUUGUAAAUGUUAAGACUCAGUUAUUGCCUCGAUAAAAUUCCACUGCCUUCAGUGGUUGUGCACCAGGGAUCAAUGUGCCCCUUUGUUUGUGCAUUUUUUUUUAAAAAAAAUCUAGUAUUUUGGAUUUGUAAAUAUUUCCUUAUGAGGAAUAUAAUAUAUAUUUACAUGUAUAUCCUAUUUUGUUUUCAAGAUUAUAUUUUUAAACAUUGGAUGUAUUUUAAAUAUUCAUUGUGUGGAUUACACAGAAGUAGAGAUGACUGACUGCUCUGAUGCACUUGUCCCAAUGCACUCCAGUUCAGGCACAAGUCUCCCUGCAAGUCAUCACCUCAGUAUUUGGGGGGGGGGUCUUUUUGGCCUGCUAGCUAAGCACAAGAGCAUUCCCCAACACUGAGGAAUGGACAAGUCUGCUUGUGUGGUUGCCCAGUCCAGCCUGAGAGAGGGCUCUUGUUUUGCAGAUGAUCACUGCAACUCUGGUGUAAAAAGCCAUUCUUAUGAAAUUCUGAAUCUUAUGUAGCUCUUAAAGGCAGAGGAGGCUUUUCAGGAUCUGGACCUUCCUGCUCACUUGGGAAAACUAUGUGUGUGUUACAGCUAAACCUGGGGUGCUAUGGCUAAAAUGCUUGAGCAUGUGUUUUAAAAUGUUUUGUUUAUGGAGAGCUCUGCAUGGUGUUCCUUGUGCAAACAGGUUUCAGCUAGUAUUCCACUGGAGCCAAAUGUGUACUAGUACAAGGUUUUUUAAAAGUAUUUUUAGUUUCAUUAUACAUAUGUUUGGAGUAUGCAUCCUAGUUAUGCUCAGGAACUUGAGUGCCUUUUUAGUUAUAAGUGUGUUUAAACACUUCUUUUAUAUCACUUUAGCUAUAUUGUAGAAUCCAAAUACGAACUGAGGUCAAAGGAUUCAUGUUUUGGAUUGGUGUUUAAUUUUUUUUAAGUGUUAAAGGUAAGAUGUAAACUUAAUUUAGUUUGUAUAUAUCUUGGGGUGGGGGUGCUGUUGUAUUUCUACUUUUACAUUUUUGUCUGUAGCCUCUUUUGUAAUUAAAACGUGCUCUUUAUAAGCUGUGAAAGUACAAUAACAUGUUAGGCAAACUGGUAGCAAAUUGUGAAUAAACCAUCCAUGAUUUAGAAUUCAUAGUUCGGUUUUCUCUUUGGAACAGUAAAGAGUUAUGUGUGUUCAAGGGAGAAUUUGAUCACCCUGGGAUU